AUGAUCCCCACUCCCGAUCUUUCCCACCUGACCAGUCAGGAUUUUGACAGAAUAUACGAACCUGCUGAGGAUACAUUCUUGCUACUGGAUUGCCUGGAAGAGGAUGCUUCGCAGCUGCAGGAUCUUCAGCCACGUGUUUGCCUGGAGAUCGGAUCGGGCUCAGGUUGCGUUACCACUUUACUGGCGAAAAUCAUUGGCGCCCACAACGCAAUUUACUUUACAACCGACAUUAACCCAUAUGCCUGCAAAGCGACACGAGAAACCGCCGUUCGCAAUGCCAUUCACACCAUUGAACCUGUACGAACCUCGUUGACAGAAGCCUUAUUACCGCGACUUGCUGGUCAAGUGGAUGUCCUCUGUUUCAACCCCCCAUAUGCAGUGACGCCUCCGGAAGAGGUCGGUAGUGUUGGGAUCGAAGCCGCUUGGGCUGGGGGUAUUGAUGGUCGACAAGUGAUCGAUGCCAUGCUUCCCUAUGUAGAGAAACUGUUGUCGCCUAAAGGCGUUUUCUAUUUAUUAUUGAUCAAUGAAAACAAGCCGACCGAGGUAGCCGAGAUUCUGCGGGCAAAUUAUGGCUUACAAGCCGAGAUUGUCAUGCAGCGUCGAGCGGGCAGAGAAAAGCAAUUCAUAUUAAAAGUGCAAAAGAGUUCAUGA